AGCGCCCUCUGUUGACUAUCGUGACUAAACAUUUUACAUGUAAAUUCAGCAUGGCGGCUCCGUUGCUCGCCGAGCCUCAAAAAGGUGGAUUUGUCUUCGAAAACAGCAGACGGAAUGCACUACUUGAAAGGACUGGACUGAAAGCUCCAAAAGGAGUCAAAACAGGAACCACAAUAGCUGGCCUUAUCUUCAAGGAUGGCGUUAUUCUGGGUGCAGAUACCCGAGCGACAGAGGACACAAUCGUGGCCGACAAGAACUGCUCAAAGAUUCACUACUUGGCUCCAAACAUUUACUGUUGCGGAGCCGGUACUGCCGCAGACACUGAGGUGACCACACAACUGAUAUCCUCCAACCUUGAGCUGCACAGCUUGUCAACUGGCAGGGAAGCCCGCGUCGUCACUGCUAACCGCUUGCUUAAGCAGAAGCUAUUCAGGUACCAGGGACACAUCGGAGCUGCCUUGGUUCUAGGCGGUGUGGAUGUGAAAGGACCUCACCUGUACAACAUCUACCCCCACGGCUCCUCCAACAAGCUGCCGUUUGCCACCAUGGGCUCUGGAUCACUGGCAGCCAUGGCUAUGUUUGAGGACAGAUACAAGCCCAACAUGGAGGAGGAAGAGGCCAAGCAGCUGGUGCGCGAUGCCAUCGCGGCCGGCAUCUUUAACGAUCUGGGCUCGGGCACCAACGUGGACCUCUGCGUCAUCAAGAAGGACAAAGUGGACUACCUCCGGCCUUACGAUGAGGCCAACGUCAAGGGAGUCAGGCAAGGUGACUAUCGCUACAAGAGAGGUACCACAGGGGUUCUGACCAAGACUGUCACACCGCUGGAGUUUGAGGUCGUUGACACAGUGGUGUCCAUGGAGACCUCAUGAUCCCAAAAAUUAUUCCCUUUCAUCCCAUUAUUAUAAAUGUUUGUGUGUGUGUUGAGUUGUUUCAUUGGAAAGUCCAUUUUGGUUACUCAGUUUCUGUAUGAAUUAAACCAAUCCUGUAUUAGUUUAGAUUGGUUACUUUGUUGAAUAAACAACUAGUUUAGGCUUUAGAAAUAUUUCUCCACAUUAAUGAUAAAAAACCUUGGCUUUUGAUUUCUCUAGUGAUAGUCCUGUUUACUGGAAAUUGAAUCCUAUUACAAACGUUGCAUAAUGUAUGAUUUGGAUCAUCGUUGGAGCAACAUUGACCCUUGAAAAGGUUUAAUAACAAAGAACAGCGAGGGUUUCCAAAGACUUUAAAAACAUAAAAGUUUUAAGCAAGGUCAUUUUGUGAUUCAAAAGGAAUGUUAAACUUCAUUUAGCGUUCUUCUGUAACCCAGCAAAAUAUGGUUUUGUAUCGUCCCAUGAAAUAAAAAUAAAAACUCAAAAUGA